UUCACCAAACAUGGCUCCACUCCACUUCCAAAAGGUACUCUUUUUGCUUCUAUUUUUCACUAUUUCAUUCCUAGCUUCUUCUGCUACUCUUCAACCAUCCAUUCAGCUUGUGGGUAGUAGAGAUUUGUUGGAAAUUAAGGAUUCAGAUGGGAUUCAAAUACCAGUCAAGAAGAAGAAGUUAGUUACAACUCCUGAUGCUCUUGCUACAACCAAGAACAAAAACAACACCAAACUCAUCAAACCCACUACCACCACCACUGUCACCAAUUCGACCAAACUCACCGCCAACAAAAACUCAACCAAAAUCAAUAAGCUUCAAGAGAAAACCAUUGUCAAAUUGAAGCUUAAUGCCACUUCAAAACCUUCCAAUUCAAAUUCCACAAAACUCACUUCCAAACCUUCGAAUUCAACAAAACCCAUUUCGAAAAGUUUGAAUUCAACAAAACCCAUUUUGAAAAGUUCGAAUUCCACAAAACCCACUUCGCUUUUGAGCCAAAAAUCUACAGAUCCAGCAAAAAAGAACAAACCCACAAUAGUGAAAAAGGAGGUGAAAAAGUCAACGAAACCAGUCGGUGGUUUGACUUAUCGAGAAGAUGAUGAUGAAGACGAUUUCGUUUCAGAAUUCAGAGAUCUACCUUCCAGAUUUCAAGAAACAUUGCUCCCAGAUUUGGAAGUGCUUUCAUCAACCUCGAAAGCUUAUCUCAACAAAGCCAAUAAACAAAUCUCGAAGGGAUUCAACCCCAUUGUUGGCAAGAAAUAUGCACCCAUGGUUGCUUCUAUCAUCUCUUUUGCUUUCAUCCUAAUCCCAUUUCUUCUCGUUUCUCUCAUUUUCAAUCGGAUCAAAGCCUAUUUUUCCCUUCAAAAACUCGUGAUCUUCAUCCAAAUCUACCUUUCAAUCUACUUCUCGAUUCUCUCCCUUUCUUCAAUCGUCACCGGCCUGGAGCCAUUGAAGUUCUUCUAUGCGACUUCACAAUCGACAUACAUAUGCAUCCAGCUGUUGCAAACUCUCGCUUACGUCUUGUACCUUCUGGUUCUUCUGAUGUACCUUGUGCUGGUGUUCUCAACGGAAUCGGCCAUGGCGUCGAAGCUUCUAGGCCUUGGUCAGACGUUUGUGGGAUUUGCUGUUGGGCUUCAUUAUUACAUGACGGUGUUCCAUAGAGCGGUGCUUCGGCAACCACCCAAGACUAGCUGGAAGGUUCACGCUGUUUAUGCCACGUGUUUUCUUCUUAUUUGUCUGUUAGGUACAGCCGAGAGGAGGAAGAAAGCCUACGUGGUUGAUGGCAGCGAGGAAGGCAAAAAGAGUUGAUUGGGUUUUUACUUUUUUUUAUAAUUUAUUUAAAUUAAUUAUUUUACAUGUUUUUUUCAUACGCAAUAUUUAGGCAUUUCAAAAAGCUAACAUGUUAUUUUCUUUUAAAUUAUAAAAGCAAAAUCAUGUUAGCUUUUUUUAGAUAUCGUUGGUUUUUUAUGAUGUCCCAAAAAUGUUGGGUUUAUUUAAAAUUAUAUAAUAAAUCGUAAUAAGAAAGUUUUUAAAAAGUAAU